AUUGAAACUAAUAAGUUUUUCUUUUUUAAUUUAGAUGGUGCUAAAUUGAGUUCUCCUAGCCAUCAAGAGAUCAAACCAAAGCCAGUGAGAGGAGUUGGACUUGGAAAUAUUUUUCAAGAUGGAAUUAAAAAAUUAACACCUGUAGAAUCUUCAGCAGAUAAAAAACCCAUAUUGAAAAAACCUCCACCUUUACCAGCUAAUGCUGAAAAUGCCCCAAAGUUACCUCCAAAACCAGUGAGAGAACAGGCUCAAGUAAUUUAUCCAUAUGAAGCACAGAAUGAUGAUGAGUUAACAUUAAAAAAAGGAGACAUAAUCACAAUUAUUACAAAGGAGGUUGAAGAUAAAGGAUGGUGGAAAGGCGAAUUAAAUGGACAAAUUGGAGUAUUUCCAGAUAAUUUCGUUGAAUUAGUUAGAGUAGAAGAAGUUCAGCUUAGAAGACCAGAACGACCAGAAAAACCAUCAAUGACAGUGAUAUUAAGUAAGAGUAAUGUAAAACCUGAUAUUCCUAAAAAACCAGUUUCAAAUCAAGAUUUUAGUUGCACAGAAAGAACAUCAAAGAUUCCACCUCCCAAACCACCUGCCCCAGACCUACCCAAGAAAGAUGAAAAACUAGAAAAACCAACACCACCAUUACCUGGUAAAAAUCCCCAACUUCCUCCUCCCUUGAAGAAACCUCAGAGAUCCUCACUUGGAUCUAAACCAAAUAUUAACACAAGCAGCAUUUCUCCUGUAGCUUCCAGUCAAAAUUCAUCAUCUCCUACUUCUUCCACUCAGUCUACUUCACUUGCAUUAACAAAUGGAACUGUUGGUCUGACUGAUGAUAUGAAAGCAAAAUCAUUACAAGAAAAUCAAGAUAGCAGUAUUGAUGAAUUAACAUUUGAUGUUAUAGAGUCUUCCCCUGAAAAAUUAACACAUCUUGCUGCAAGCAGGGCAAAAGCUCCAAAUCGUCGGCCACCAUCUCGUAUAUUUAUGAAUAAAGAAAAUGAUAAAGAGAAUGGUGAUAAUGGAUUGCAUCAACCUGCAUGGCUUAAAGAUACAUCUAAAAAUCAGGAUAAGCGAUCUAGUCAAGUGGAACCAGUUUUAUCAGAUAAAUUUUUUGAAUUAGCUGCCAGUUUGAUAAAACUGGAAAAUAAACCAGUAAAUAAAUCGCCUGAAUCUGUUUCCCCUACAAAAGAGCUUUCUCCUACAGCAUCUGUAUCAUCAAUUAGUAAACCUGAGCCAGUUAAUAAUAGUUCCAAUAUUGCUGUUGCAUCUGAAUCAGUAACCAGUAUUAAUGACCUAAGGAAAGAAAUUCAAACAUUGAAAGAGAAUACAGUCAGUAAAGAAGAGUUUGCUGAAUUACAAAAACAGAUUGAAACUGUAAAAGAAACAAUUGAAUCACAAAGAAAUUAUUUCAGCAAUUUAGUUUUUGAACUUAUGAGUGAAAUAGAUGAAGAAAAGAAAUUGCGAAUGGCACUUGAGGUACAGCUAGAACGCAUAAAAAAAUUAACUGCCACCGUAUAAUUUAUGCACAAUAAUCAGAAUCAAUCCGUCUCCACGCAGUUUAUUGCUGCCAUUUCUAAGGUGAUAUUUUUUGAAACAGUUUUUGGAAGACCAACAAACCAACAUUCCAAUUGGUUUUUCUUACAUGUUUAUAUUGUUAUGUAAUGCUUGAAGCUGGUUUAGGAUAUUUGGAGACUGCAGAAUACCAUUAAUAUUUAAUACCUCGACUGGUUCAGUGCAUUUUGGAUCAGAAAAUAAAAUAAUGAAAGUUUGUUAAUAAUAUCAAAUUAUCUAUUGUGUACAUAAUAUAAAAGAGCAAAUUUUAUAUGAUAUUGAUGCAGCAUAGGGUUUUAUUUUGGUAGAUUUUUUAAGCAUCUUUUAUUUUUAAAUGUGAAAGCAUAACUUGUUUGGUUAUUAAUGGGUUUAGUUAACAUUCCAAUUAAAUUUUUUUAGUAGUGAAGAAUAGGUUUGUAUAUGUAUAUUCUUUAUUAAGAAUAGUGCCAAAUUUAGAAUAAUUUUUAUUUUAAGUUAAAAUUUUUACACAACUUUAUUGCAUAUAGUUUAAGGCCAGUUCCAAAGUUUUAUAUAGUGACAAAAUUAGAUGGGCUAACAUUUUAUUGGCUGCACUGCAAUGAAAGAAAAUGGUGAGAUGCCAGAAUGUUUUCCUAUAGACUGAUAACUUCCAUAUAACAAAUUGUUAAAUGUUGAAAAUUAUUACUGAAGGAAAAUAGGAUAUAUAAGUAUGAAAUUUUUUUAAAGUUUAAAAGUGGAGUGCUUUAUAGCAUUAUAGGUUAGGAAAUCUUUAUAAUAUGCCAACUAUUUGCAAAAGAUGUCAGCAAAUAAAAAGUGACUAUUAAGAAAAAUAAAAGUGAUAAACUGAGAUUAAUUCAUUUAAUGAGAAUUAUCACAUUCACUGUCAUGCCAAUUAUCAAUGACCAACAGCAUAUCCUCCUGUGCCAUGUCACUUUUACUAACUGGUGUGAUUUAAUAUUUGCUAACUUGAGGUAUUUUUAUGAAAAUAGUUUAUUGAUCAAUGUGUAUUUUCAGAUCUUUCUCUUUUUAAUUGUUUUUUUACAUAUUAUAUAUAUAUAUUUAAAAUAUAUAAUUUUUUUUAUUAUAAAUUUUAUUUUGUUUGUACCUUUUUAAAUAAAAAUAAUAUAUAC